AUGACAAAUAAUUUAGAAAAGAGUAAAGGUACAGUAGUUGAGGAGAAUAAUAUGGCACAGUCUAAUAAUGAUAGUGAACCGUCAUGUGGCCAAGUCAAUUUUGAAGCAAAUUUUGGCCGUUUAUCUCUUGAAAUGUUAAAGUUUUUGUAUCAAGGGAUGGGUGUUUUGGACGUAGGUUUGAAACAGGAUUUAGUAAGUAGAUUGGUUAGUGAGUGCAAAGAAAAAGAAGAGUCAUGUAGUGGAUUGUUUGGUAAAGGCAAGGUUGUGAAUUUGGAAGAUACGAAUUUGGAUGAGUCUGGAGCAGGAUCUAGUAAUGAAAGACACGAGACAAAUAGUUUGGAAGCUGGUGCACAAGGCCUUCAUCAUUUUUGGCAUGUUCCUGUGGAGAAAGAAAAGGGCUUAGUCGAUUGGGAUACUGAUGAGACGGGACAAGUAGGCAAUAUGCAAGGAGUUUUUUCAAGUAUGCAACAGAGUCAACCUGUGACACCUGUAUUCAUUCAAGCUCAUCCAUCAGUUUUACCAACCUGGCAACAGAUAUCCAGCCAACAAGGGUUGGUACCAAUGGCUCCAGCUUUGGGAGUCAGUGAUUUAAAUCCUUCCUUUGCAGGUCAGCAAUCAGAGCAGGGUGUUUUUUCACAAGAUGUGUUUCCAAGACAGAGUAGUAG